AAGUGAAUUCAAGCCCGCUAAAUCCCUACUAAAGACUUUUGCGGCAAAUGGACCGGCCGCCACUGGGAUACAACGAAUUAGGGUUAAUGUUUGGGUUCGACCGAGCCUGCGCAGCAGCUGACCUCAAAUCAGUGGCGGCGGUAGGGGCGGGGCUACGAGUCGCUGUGACCUCCCACUGGCUGCAAGAAACCGAACAACAUCUCCGAGAGGUCCGUGUGCCGGGAGCCGGACUCGGACCCCCGCCGCUCCCUUUGGUGAGGAUCCCGUGAGGAUAUCUGGGAGGAAGCCAGACUCGGAUCUUCACUCAACGGAUGGGAAAUAAAUACCGCGGGGGGGGUUGCACCUUCAAACAUGGAGACAAGACAUUUGGUGGCAAUAUUUCCACGCGUGGCUCCAGUUUGGCUGUGAAGGUGCAGAGGAGGAGGAUGACGAGCGCAUCCCGUCCGCGCGGCCAAGGCGCUGUUGCAUCUGUGAAAAAGCUCUCAAAGCUUCUGCAAGUGUGACUUUUCGUCCGUUUUGUGGCCGAGCGGGGUAGGAAAAAAAAGGAAAAAAGAAACAAAAGUAUUCAUUGUCAGUCGGUGCAAUUUUGCAUCUCGGAGGACUGAACCACAACAACUGGCUUUGCACAGUCCGCGUCACUCAGAUUGUUCCCAGUGAUUUGGUUGAAGACAAGUAAGGGCGAAUUUGGUCAUCAUCAUCGUCGUCCUCUCUGGUGCGUCAUGGGUACUGUACUAUCUCUGUCCCCUGGCUCGCGCAAGUCCAGCUACUAUGACAACCGUCCCGGCUCGUUAAGCCACUACCCGAGCCUGAGCAGCCGUUCCCUCAACAGUCAGAAGGACCGAGGCUUGAAGAGAGGCCAGUCCAUCUUCCUCCCGCUGCUCACGUGGAAGCGACUGGUCGCCUCCACCAAGAAGAAGGGUAACCCCAAGAAAGGCUCCAAUGGUCUGGUUGGCCUCGGUGACCCUCUCAACAACAACAACAUAAACAUUUACCAAAAGGAUCCCGUGCUGCACCUCAAUUAUGAGAACGUGAGGAAGUCUCUGUCGUGUGCCAACUUGACCAGCUACGAGGUCCCGGCGGGACUCGGCCUGGGCCUGGGCUACGGCCUGGGACUGGGUCAGGGCCACGGGUACGGCUGCGUGAAACCCCAGCCGCUUUCGUCUGUGAAAAAAGUUCCCCAGGGGACGCUGAGCACGUCCCCCAAACGUGUCAUCGUCCAGGCGUCCACCAGCGAGCUGCUGCGCUGCUUGGGGGAGUUCCUGUGUUGCCGCUGCUACCGCCUGAAGCACCUGUCCCCGUCUGACCCCGUUCUCUGGCUGAGGGCCGUGGAUCGCUCGCUUCUGCUCCAGGGCUGGCAAGACCAGGCCUUCGUCACGCCAGCCAACGUGGUCUUCGUCUACAUGCUGUGUCGCGACGUCGUGGACGGCGACCUGGUGGCGUCGGAGCACGAGCUUCAGGCCAUCCUGCUCACCUGCCUCUACCUGUCCUACUCCUACAUGGGCAAUGAAAUAUCCUAUCCACUGAAGCCCUUCCUGGUUGAGGCGGGUAAAGAGGCGUUCUGGGACCGCUGCCUCUCCAUCAUCAACGCCACGAGCGCCAAAAUGCUGCGAAUCAACGCAGACCCUCACUUUUUCACGCAGGUGUUUGCGGAACUCAAAAGCGAAGGGAGCUGCGUUCCACAAGACUACAGCCGAGUUCUGGAUCGGUGAGAGGAGUUUCAAAAGCGCGUUCUUGAUUUUUUUUUUUUCCGAUGGUCUUGCCAUCAGACACAAACAUUCUCCUCCAUCUGCUGCUGCAGAAACAGCCAUAUGUAUUUAUUUAAUUAUUCCAUCUCUUUAUGUUGGUUGCCAAUACGUGGCUCGAAAAAAUAAUAAUAAAAGAUUUGACUUGAAAUAUUCACUGUAAAAUUGUUGAGUCUAGGAUAGAAUUAAGUAGAACACUGACUUCCUCUAAGGCUGAAUAAUCAUGACCUAAAAGCACCUAAUUAUACAUCCUCAAAUAAAUCCUGAUGUAAAAAUGCAGAAUGAACCCCCAAAUAUUCGUGGUUGGCCUCUGUAAUAAAAGUAUUAUAAUAGUGUGCUAAGGACCUAUGUUGAAAUGAGUUUAGAAGUUUCAUUUGGAGAAAAAGUGUCCUUUGCCAAAAUCUUGUCAUAUUGGUGUCAAGGAACUACGUGGAAGUGAGUGGAGGAGAUUCAUUUAGACAAAAUAGUGCUUUGGCACAUUCUUGCGGCCUCUAAGGGCAAUGAUAAAACCUUUUUAAAGGGGUGUCAAUUAUUUGCUUUUUGCAGCAGGGCGUAGUCCCGAGCCCCCUUAAUAUUCGGGGGUUUGCUGCAUGCAUUAUUCAAUAAAUCAUUUAUAAACAUUUUUUUUUAAAAAUCCACAAUUCGUCCAGGUUAUUCUUCAUCACCCCGUCCAUUUCUUUUUUUUUUUUUUUUUUUGCUCCAUCAAGGAACAGCUACAAAAGCAACCGUUUGUGUCGUUUACCUCGAGUUUAUUUGAAUUCAGGAGCCAUUUGCUCCACACCUGUCCCUCCAAACCUCGCACAGCAUGUUGUCGGGCUCCAGUUGUCUCAGCUGCCUCUCGGGAUCAACGCAACCAGGCUUCCCUCAGCAUCCCCGCGCACCUCUUCCGAUGGGGUCCAGACCAGAGGACGCCGCUCUCUCGGAUUUCCCGUGGUCGUAACCUGAACAUGCAAACAGAUCGGAUUGACAUUUUCAUCAGAGACUGAAUAAUAAAAUGCGGCACAGACAGUUUAAUCUGCCUAAAUUGGAUAUUCCGGGACAAUGCCGAGCGAUAUCGCGACUGGCGGUGAGACCGUACCCAGACUGAUGGGAACAGCUGCGUGUCAGUACCAUGCGAGUCCUGCGGCUUUGUGUGUUCAGGCUUUUGUGGGUCACCUGGCCUGAGGGGACAGUUGCCUAUUUUCACUCUUAAUCAAAUUCACCGGGGGGGCUUUUCAGUGAGUGGUAGUAGUUUCCUCCCCUAAUUUGUGCGGACGUAUGUGAGCAUAAGCGUGACCGAGUUGUGUUGUGGUCAGCCGCCAGGGUCAUCUGAUGUUUAGCCCAGGCUGCGUUUCCCCUGCUUCUUGUUGACAGGCCGCCACAGCCCAGGUAUUAAUUACAUUAGCAGAUUACGCCCCCCCCCCCCAUCCCCGCCCACGCCCCCUCAAGACCUCUGCCCCUUCUCGUCCACCCACUAACCCCCGCAGAGUCCGGCAGCUAAUCCAAGCCACGCCGGACGGCCAGCAUUUAAAUGCCUCGUCAUGUGCUCUUUAGUCGGAAGGGGUGUGUGUGUGUGUGUCGACACACGUGUGCUGGUAGCGGCCCGACAGGAGUCCAAAUUUGGCUCGGCGUCUCAUUUGAGUGUGCUGCAGAUUCUCGUCUGUCAUCCGCUGCGAGUUCAUUAAUCUCGUGUUGAAUUAUUCCGUAGGAUGAACCACUGGCACUUGUGCUCCACUGACUUUAAUCCCGAAAGUGCAUAUUAAACACGCCCGCGUGUAUCAGCCUUCGUUAGACAUGUUGCUGUCGCAAUGCUAAAACGUGCGGCGGUGGAAUGUCGGCUUCAAACACAAGUGGGGAUAAAACUUCACAUUUAAUUUUUAAAUUAAUCUUCAUCCAUGUGACCCACAAUUUUUGCAAUUCUGUAUUCGCUCACAUUGUUGUGCGGCUGUCCCCCCCCCCCCCCAAAGUCACAAGACAAGAUAUAAAACAUGACCUUAACACGUAAACAAACACUGUGGCGCACAUCCAUUCACUGGGUAAUCCAGCCCUAAUCCCCUCCACCCAAUCAGAUGAAGAGGGAGCGAGGGAUGACGAGAUGAGGAGGGAAAUACAGUUCGGCAUUGGCGCUGCAGUUUUUGACCCCCGGGUUCAGCCUUCAAAUCCUCUGCUAACAAAGUGAAGGCCACAUAGUCCCAAAACUGCCUAUUCCCAGCCCUGUUGGGAGCCAAGCCUGCCUUGCCUCGGCACACGCCUGGGGGGUGGGGAGGGGCUCGCAUGAGUCACACCAGUCAACCAGAGACGAGUGACAGUCUGAUUCACAAGCAGAAAGAGAGGCUCCUUUUCUUGGCCUUCAAAUGGCAACCAUUUUGGGCUUAUUGUUGCCUCUGCAGCCCCUCGCUCGCACAUCUUUGACAAGGACAUUUGUGUCUCGGCCGGAUCCCCUUCCCCCCCAGCCCCCACCCUUUGCACCGUCCUCGCUUGCACACACACGCACACACUCAGCUGUUCAUUAGAUUUGACACCACAAGCCCGCCAGCCAUUGUCAGGACAAGGAAGGGCAGAAUUGCUGCCACGAGGUCUCUCAUAUUUGGUUUUUAUUUAAUGAGACCGUGGGUUCGAAGUUAAAGGUUACAUCUCCGAUUUUUAAUCAAAUCCGAGGAUGACAUACUGAGUGCUCAAGUGCUGGUAUUUCCUUGUGACAUUUUUAAUGGUCAUAAUUAACUUUACAAGCUUCUGCGACCAUUUAGUGAGCCUCUCUACCAUCCUUGAUCGGAGGCAGACAUGAAGAAAUCACUUCAGUCUCAAUGGCCGAUGUAUCGAAUUGUGACACAAAAUGGCAACUGUCCCCUCUUUAUAGUACCUCUGUCCAUUCAGUAACGGAGCCGGACCAGGUACCCGCUCCUCCAAUCGUUCCUCGGAGCGGAGCGGCUUCCGAGCCAAUUAACUGGUAUCUCAGCUGGAACUCGAAUCCACUUCAUCCAAUCAAAUCCCUCCUUUGAGAUUGACUUGUGGGAAGCGAUAACACAACGCUUUGUAGUAUCUCUGUGCUUCACGAGGAUUUAAUGGUUACUUGGACUCUAUAUUUAUCUUACCAGUCAAAUUCACAAACCAAAAAUAGUAAUAAAGAAAAGUGUAUAAAUAUUUAAAACAGUAUUUUAAGACCAAAAUGGUUCAUUUCCUGGAAAUAUUUAGUGGCAAAGUGGAUCAUCAGGUUAGCCCAAUGACACCAGAAAGUGCUUAUAUCAUAAAGUAGUUUCAAUUUUGUUGGAGGUAUUAAUG